AUGCCGAGCUCGACCCCGUCCUCGUCCCGAACCUCUUCCCCUCGACUCGACCCCUUUCCGACACCGUACUACCUCUUCUUCGCCGGCGCCGAGCCCUUCUUGACCAUCGUCGGCGCCCUCAAGGCCGUCCUGCACCCGGCACACUUCCACUCGACCCUCAUCCCCGUCAGCCUCGCUCCCCUCCUCGAGGCCAAGACGGCCCACGCCGGGUCCAUCAUGGCGGUCCGGCAGCUCGGCAACACGUACGGCCUCCUCGCACUCGUCGCGGCCACCGUCCUGCCUGCGAUGAGGCGGACGCUCGCCGGCCGACCGGUCGAACUCGAGGCCAUCCUGCGGGCCUACCUUGGCGCUCUCGCUUUCGCCGACAUUACGCACAUCGGCCUGACGCUGUACGACCUCGGCCUUGAAGGCUCGCUUCACCCGCUCAAGCACUGGAACCAGCUCGUCUGGGGCAACGUCGGCAUCACGGCCUGCCUGUUCGCCGUCCGGUCCUUGUGGUUCCUCGGCGUCGGUCGGACGAGCGCAAGCGCGAGCCUGAGGAGGGACCGGAGCGAGUAGCGGCGCGACCCGUCGAUGCAUCGCGCAGCUGUACUUCUCGUG